AUGUUGAAAGGGAUGAAAAGUGUUAAAAGAAAGAAUAUCCCAAAUCGUCUAAUAAAGCUUGAGCCUAUGGAUAGGCCAACAACCUCUCACAGUGGCUCGAGAGAUAGUGGCGAAAAUCGCAAUUCAAUUUCAGCGAAUAUGAGUAUGUCUAAAAUUAUCGAUAUUGGUGAAAUGAACAAAUCACCAUUUGAGCAAGUAAAAGAGCAACUUGACUUAGCUGCAAAUCCAAUCGAUUUAGAAGAUGCGUUAUUAUCUUUUGCUCAAGCAGCUCAAGGUAUUAUUGAUACAACUGGAUUGAGCAAAGCUGAUAUUGAUGUCUACAAUCAAAUGUCGCCUAAAUUUUCUGCAAUGAUUGACUCAAAAGACGUUGAAAACGGAAAACCACUUGAUAAGUCAGUGAGAAUCACCUCUGCGACAUUUAUACACAUGUUUGAAGGUUUGCGCAUAAUAUCUAAUAACAUUUCGAACAUUUUACGCCCAGCAACAAGAACAUCAGCAAGGACACCUAAUAUUGUUACUCCAGUCCAUGGAAAUGUUGGCAUUAAGGCUGUUCUUCCUCCUAUCAAGCCGGCAUGCCCAGCAACAGAGCGCAAACCCGAAACUCCGCGAAAGAAUGAUUCUCCGGUCGAACACUUCCAAGGCAUAAUGGCGCGUGAUUUAUUCCGUAUUUCAACCAGAGAAGAGAAUGACUCCUUCUUUUUGUCCUCAGAUAUACCAGAUGUCUUAAUUGACUUGAUAUUACCAGACAAACCUGUUAAAGUCAGAACAUACGCUGCAAAAGCAAUAAAGAACGCUACGAACAACGAAAAAUUCAGAAAACUCAUUGUCAGUCUUCCAAAUUUUGAUGCGGUUUACACCUUGCUAUCAUACCAGGACAAAAACUUCAACGCUAUCUGGGAUGUCGCUAGUGGAAUAUUCCGAAAUCUCAUGAUAGAAAAGGAAAAUCAUGAGCAAUUCAUCAAAAAUAAUCUUCAUAUCCAUUUAAUGACGUUUCUUCUCAAAAAUGUUGGUCUUAACGAUCCAAUUAUACGAUCAAUAGCUACAAACUGCUUCAGUGUUCUCAAUAAAGUCUCUGGUUUCGAUGAUAUUAGAGCAUCUUUACUAGAAAACUUCACUCCUCAUCAAUUAGUUACGAUAUUCCUUUACUACAUGAAGAUUACAGAUAAAUCUGCACUCGUACAACGUCUAGCUUACGUCUACGCCGACUUUGCCUCAUAUGAAGAUUCAAUUUUAGAGGAAAGUGCCAAAAUAACAGACCCAGUAGACGUUGCAAUCCUUACAGAUAAGCUUGCUGCUGAUUUCCUUGCGAAAGAUGACCUCGCAUUAGCUUAUAUUCUCCAAGUUAUUGCAAAUCUUUCAGUUGACAAGGAAUGCAGCCAAAUACUAUCAUUAUCCGAUAACAUACCUCCACUCUUUGCACGUUUCAAGUACGGCGCAAACGAACGUGCCGGUCUAAACCUACUUUGCGUUGCUGCAAAUUUCACUUCACAUGAUCCAAUGUGGUGUCCAAAGGAAUUGAUCGAUGCAUUACCUGUAGCAAUUGUUUCCAAGAACCUGCAGAGUAUAAUAGAGGCACUUAGAGCACUCUGCAACUUGGCUUUGGCUCCGAAUGAUAUUAUAAUUUCCUCGAAGCUUCCAGAAUUGCUUAUUAUCCUUAUCAGACAUCCGUCUAGUGAAGUUGUAUGCUAUGCAUUGCAGACAUUGACGAAUUUGGUGCCACAAGGCGGAGUUCGAAGAAGAUUUAGAGAAGCUAAAGGAGUUGAAGCCGUUUUGGAGGCACUGGAUGUUGAUGAGAUUGAUGAAGCUGUACUGGAAGCUGCAGCAAAGCUUAUUAUGAACUAUGGAGCAAUUUCAUCUGAAGAAGCUUCACUUUUCAUCGAAAAACUGUCAGAAUUCGAUUGCUCUGGUGUAGAUAUUGUCGAUGUUUUCAAGGAUUUCCUAAGAAAGCAAACACUUGUUUCUGUUUAA